GCUUUGGUAAAAUCAGUCACGUGAUAUCAAAAUGGCGUCUGAACCACCCCCAUUCGACGAGGAAACAGAUCAGAAAGACGAAGACGAUCUAUUUUCAGACGCCAAGGAGCAAAAGUCUGAGCCAUCACUUAGUGAAGAGCCAGCCAGUUUAGUCGUCAAUGAUGAGGAUGCUGGAAUCAAGGAAAAAGACGAGGAGGAUUUGUUUGCUGGAGGUGGAGAUGAGGUAAAGCUGGAUGACUCUGAGACAGAGGAGGAAGUUCCCCCAGUUGCAGCUGCUGUGCCAGAGAAGGAGGCAGCUCCACCUGUUGUAGGGGCCACCAGCCCCAAGCCCGAACCAACACCCCAGAUCAGUGUGUCCCAGUCCUCUACGUCAUCGUCAAAAUUGUCAGGGACAACAAAGAGUUCUAGAGAUGAGGUGGAUGUUGACGAAGAGGAUGAAGACACCAUAGAGAUUCGUGUCAUGGAGCCGCAGAAGAUGGGUGAUGGCAUCGGUGCAUACAUGGUUUACCGAGUUGUUACUAAAACCAGCUGUCCAGCAUUCCGCAAGCCAGAGUUGAGUGUGUUGAGGAGGUUCAGUGACUUCCUUGGGCUACACGCCAGGCUCCAAGAGAAAAAUGUCAAGAAUGGAAUCAUUGUCCCCCCUGCACCAGAAAAAAGUGUUGUUGGCAUGACAAAGAUCAAGAUGUCCAAGGAAGAAUCAGGUUCUUCUGACUUUGUGGAGAGGAGGCGAGCAGCACUUGAAAGGUACUUAAAUCGGACAGCUCAACACCCAGUCUUGAGGAACGACCCUGACCUUCAGGACUUCCUGGAGCGGGAUGGGGAACUGCCAAAAUCCACCAGCACCUCUGCGCUCAGUGGCGCAGGGGUCAUGCGUCUCUUUCACAAGAUGGGUGAUGCUGUCGAGAAAAUUACUUUCAAGAUGGAUGAAACUGAUGAGUGGUUUGAGGAGAAACAGCAGCAAAUUGAGGCCUUGGACCAACAACUCCGUAAACUCCACUCCAGUGUUGAGGCUCUCUCCAUGCACAGGAAAGAGCUGAGCACAACUACAGCUGUGUUUGCCAAGAGUGCUGCCAUGCUGGGGAGCGUGGAGGAGCACACCGCGCUGUCCCGGGCUCUGUCCCAGCUGGCAGAGACGGAGGAGAAGAUCGAGCAGCUGCACAAGGAACAGGCAGAACAUGACUUCUUCACCAUGGCUGAACUUAUGAAGGACUACAUCUCCCUCAUAGGAGCAGUCAAGGAGGUAUUUCAUGAGCGCUACAAGUUGUACAAGAACUGGAAGGAUGCUGAGGUUGUCCUGGGGAAGAAAAGGGAAAACAAGGCCAAACUUGAGGUGCAGCACAAGACUGACAAGAUCUCACAGGCACAACAGGAGAUCACAGAGUAUGAACAAAAAGUAGAGAAGGGCCAAGAGGAUUUUGAGAAGAUAUCUGACACAAUAAGGAAGGAGAUUCGUCGCUUCGAAAAGUAUCGUGUCAUUGACUUCAAAAACAGCGUGGUGAAAUACUUAGAAGCUCUGAUGGAGAACCAACAGAAGAUGAUAAAGUUCUGGGAAACAUUCCUGCCUGAGGCCAAAGCUAUUGCAUGAUACCCCAAGGUGUUCAGAAAUUGUACAGUGGACAUCUACUACAAUAAUCAAUAUUUAAUUUACAUUGUCCUUCAGUUCUGAAGCUUGUUUUCAAGCUAGUCAGUGAGUCUGGUUUUGUACUGCAUAACAACUUGAUCCCAGCUGCUGGUGUCACUCACUAACCCUGGAGUGAGUCUAUCUCACUGACAUUCAUUGUACACAACCACUGCCCCACAAAUUAAACAAUUAUCGACAAUACUACUGUCCCAGGGUCUCAGGUGUGCUCACAGAUUUGUUGUUAAGAUUUACACAUUUCCUAUAUGCUGUCCAUGUCAAGGUGUAGACUGUCAACAUCUGGGCACAAAUGGAUCUUUUGGAUACAAAUUGCUAGAUGUACACUUGCCUUAUUAAGCUCUUAGACUAAGUCAGAGGAUUUAUUUUCUGAUGAAUAGGUUCAAAUAUGUGAUAUUGUAUAUUCUUCAUAACAUUCAGUUAUUAAACAAGUUGAACACACUUGAAAUGAAAAACAUCCUUACCGAUAGCUUUUCGAUUAGCUUCUCUUAGCGAGCAAAUGUUUCAACAGCUGCCUCACUUAGUUUCAUGAGAAAUGUAACAGGAUGUGUGUUAAAGUCAUAAUAGAGCACAGCAAGAGCUGAAGCAUCUGCAUGUGUCAUCUCCAUGUCUGAUAAGCAGGGUCUUGUCACGCACAUCCAUACGGAAUGAGUGGUGGCAUUGUGUCUGAUCAUACUACUGUUUAUCAACACAACUGUAUGUUAUUGUACACUUGCAUUGGUACAGACAUGGCUUCAUGAUACGUCCGGCAUCAUCAGUGGUUCACAGGGUUGUCUGUUCCACCGCAGCCCACUUGUCAAAGUGUUGGUGGGUCGUUGUGGGUCAUGUUGGAAUGUAAUGUUCACAAACCCUUGCAGUAUUGCUGGUGUACCAAGGAGACAUCGGAACUAUGCACACAGAAAGGUUCCUGCUUCACCUUCUUCACCUUCUUCACAUCUACCUGUAAUACUGAUCAUAGUCUCACUACUUGCACAUCCACCACAUCUACCAAACAAUGACUGAGACGGACCAGUGUACUCCACAUGCACAAUUAGAUGGUGCCUGGCACGUACAAGGAGGGAGUUUCCUGAUGAUGCCAGUUUGCGUCUCAUUCAUUGCUCACAAGUAGAUUUAUAAUAGUCAAUUAAUAUGCAUUUUAGGAAAGUAUUAUCAUUGUACAAAUUAAAUUUGCAAGGUGAUUUUAGAAUAAUUUGUUGUAAAUCUUUUAUUAUGAUAUGGAUCAAGGACUAUUGUUUUAUGCUACUCAAUAUCUUCAGAGAUAAGUCAUGGUACUUCUACCAACUGUGCAAUUGUUUUCUACUGUAACAAACUCUGCAGUUUCAGGUGAUUUUAGUGUGUCAAGAUGGCUCCCCAAAAGAGUAUUGAUGUCAGCACAUGUAUUAUUUAGCUUUGUGUGAGUCUGUGGCGCUUCUGUGACUUGUACAUUUCAUGCCGCUCUGUACUUGUUACAUUGUGUACAUCUCAUGUUGAAUGAACAAUGUAUUUGUUACAACA